UCAUCGCAGGAACCCCAUCUCGUCGGUGAGUCCCCAUUCUUCUUCUUCUCUUCCUUGUUCGGUUAAUCCAUUUGGAGGGAUUUUGGCCUGCAGGGGGGUGGAUUUAAUCCCUUCAAAUCCAUAGCGGCAGGCUCACCACACCCACGGUUGGAAGAAGAAGCUCACCCAUAGUCCCAUACCAGCGACGAAAAUUGAAGCGUGAGUCCUUGUCGUCAAGGCAGCUGCAGUGGAUCCAUGGACGGCAAGAGGGCGAUGGCUGCUGCGGUCUACUUCGUCCGCUCCUUCCCCAUCUUGUCCUUCCCCGUCCUCUACGCCAUGGGCUCCGCCGUCUGCUACGCGCGCUGUGGCAAGCUGCGGCGGUGCGUGGCGGAGGACGAGACCGCCGUCUGGUUCUGGGCGAGGAUGUGCUUCGUCGCACUCCAGGCGAUCAUUGCAGAGCUGGCGGUGCUGCUCCCGCUCCACAGCUGGCGGGUCAGCCGUGCCAGCGCCUACCUCGUGCUCGCUGUCAUCCUCGUGGGCCGCUGCACCUAUGCCAGCGUCAUGCCUCAAGGACUGCCCCGUGACAUCAAGAUCCUCUUAGUCUCGAGCAUCUUCGGCCUCACGGUGGCCGACCUCCAUAGCUUCCUCUUCCUGGCCCGGGGAGGUCAGGAGUAGCUCCUCAUCGGUGAGCUCAUGCUCCAUGUCCAAGGAUCAGCUCAUGAGGUACUGAGGUGACAACUGAUGACAAGUUCAGAGGAAUGCAUGCUGAUAUAUUGUACUACAUGCAGCUGUUAACUGGAUAGAUCUCCUAGUGUUGGACCUUUGAUGCGGAAUUAGCAUGUUGUUUGUGUUUCUCGGAACUAGCUUAAUUGGAUUGUGCUCGUCUGAUCAAGAUAUAGCAGCAUUGAGCAGCUAGUAUUGACGAACAAAUUGUGUUCGUCUGAUCAGCCAUAUAUAUAUGGACCUUUUCUCUGUAUGAUCAUCGGCCAUAUGAUUAUAUAGAAGCUGCUUGGUUAUAUAUAAUUUACGUUGGUCAAGGUGAAAUUAUUACUGCA